AUGGUAAGCGAUAAUGACGGAAGUCCAGCUGACAAGUUGAGGAGACUGAUUGCUGAAUUAAAUCAAGGACCAAUAAUGACCGAUUCUACGGUAUUGGAACUCAUUCGCACAAUGCUUAGAAACAGAGAAUCUCAAGGCCAAGUUUUUAAUUUAAGUCAACAAAUUUUUGACGCCCUGAUAGAAAAAAUCAUUGCGAUUCCAUUGAACACAUAUCCUGAAGUCAUCAUUAUGUCUGCAGUAAAUCGUCUUAUAAAGGUAUUGCUACAUAGGGACGAAGAUGUUAGGACUAUCGUGCUAUUCCAACAUUUGUCGCGAGUCCCACAAUUUAGACAUCGGCUGAUCUUCGUAAUUAUGUUGGUGGAAUACUUUCGCCGCAAUUUUCAAUAUGAUAUUAUGAAACAUCCGUGCAUUCACGAGACUAUCCUAUGUUAUAUCAACCCUGAUAGCAAGUUUGAUAUCCUCGAAAUGACUAAAUAUCUUGAGCUUCUCUUCGAUUUGUUGGCUCCUCAGUACAAAUCUCGGCAUUACUUCGCAUUGGUUUAUAUCAAUGAACAAGUUUGGAAAUAUCCUGAAUUAUUGGAAAAAAUUAUUCAAGCACCAAGCGUCAUUACUAAUUUACUACUCGCAUAUAACCAAACCUUAAUGGAAAAGGUUAUUUGGAAAGAUGUCAACAAACACGCAUUCUUGCAUGAGAUGUUGCCUCUCUUUGAGUCAUUCAAGUCUAAAAAAGGAUUAUUUGAGUUCGAACCAAAUUUCAUUCUGGAUUGUGUUGCUGGUUUAUAUAAUGAGCGAGUACUGGCCUUCAUUGAACCUCAAUAUAGACUAGUCUCCACAUUAUCGAUGAUGUUACUCAAUAAUAAUUUAACUGAUGUAAUUGCGAGUGGGUUGUGCAUUUUGGAAAAAAUUAUUUUCAACUUAUCAAAAAUGAAAAGCAAGGUGAUUUCUUCAAAUGAGGGCGAGAAGGUGGAAGAACCAUGGGAUGAAUCAGAUGUAUUCAUCAAGGAAUUAAGAGACUUUUUGCAGGUUCGUUCUGCCAUUGAUGCAAUUCAAAAUCAAGACAUGGAUACGCUGAAUGAAAUGUUAAACAAGGGCCUUGACGUUCAACAGUGUGACUCUCGAGGUCAGUCGAUUUUCCAAUGGAUCUGCUCAUUCGGUAAUCCGGAGAUAGUUAAACGACUAUGCUCGAAGAUGUCAAUGAGUGUUCAAAACUAUCCGAUGGCGCUGCAUAGUGCUAUGCAAUUAGGACGACUUGAUAUCUGUCGGAUCCUGUUUGAGUAUUUUACAUUCCAUAGCGACGCUGAAUGUAACGAAUUUAUGGAAAGAGUGAAUCAUUUGGUGAAUACCUGCAUUGCUCACGACAACGGAACCAUAAUUGAACCAUCCCUUUUGCUAGUGAAUGAGCUUCUGAAAAGCGUCCCUUCAAUAUAUGGAGAGCUGGUGGCGCGCUAUCGCUUGCAUGAUGCGACUAAUCGUGCUCGAACACUUCAGGCUCUCAAACUUCUUGAACCAACUCCAACACCAAUACCGAAUGCGCCAGAAAGAAUAUCUUAUUUAUGGCAUGGGUGGACGAUUUCUCCUGUGAAUGAAUUGCUCAUAAUACAUAAUGAUAAUGAUAUUAUCAGUUUGAACGUGAAUUAUAAAAGUAGAUUUCUGAAAGGUUAUUUCCUUUCUUCUGAUAUAGAUGAGGAGGUGAAGAUGCUUGGAAAAGGUUCACCUCCAGUUGAAAUUAAAGGCAAGUCGCAUACUGAUGGCCUAAAGUACAAAUUGCUUUGCCUGGUUGACUUUAUUCAAAGAAAGUAUUCACAGCAGCAGUUAGACGAAGUGCAAUCACAAAAUUUAAAAAUUAAAAUGGGAAAAAGAGCUUCACAAAGACCUUCACCUAUGAGCUCUCGAAAGAAAUCGAGAAAAAUGCUGAGAAAUGAAAUCACUACAACUAAUUCAACAGAAAAUUCUUACUCGAUACCGACAUUUUCAUCUGAGGGGACUCUACUGAAAGCAAAUAGUGUUAACUUGGCGGUGAUUAAAUCAGAAAAUGGUGACAAGUACCUUCGAGUUCAAUUGGCAAAUGGCUGCAAUCACUAUGGCCUCCUUUUGCCGCCAUCGAUAAAACAAGGUUUCGUCCACAUAAUUUCUGAAAAUUCACCAAUGUAUCGGUCUAACAGCAACGAAGAAUCGUUCAGCCUGAUGAUAGACAAUACCGUGUUUCAUAAACUCUACCAAUCUAAACAUUCUGAAACCCCACGUCCAAAGCUUUGUUCAAUAAGAAUUGGGAAAAAUUCUGUGCAUACAAAAGCUGAUCUCAAAGAGAUCGCAAAUGAAAUGAGAGCAAAAGACACGGAGGACAAUCAGGAGAGCAUUCUCCAUCGACUUCAAAGAAGCUUUGAAAGCCUGGGGAAUAUACUCUCUGACAGGAGUAAUUACAUUACACCAAUCGAAGUUCUAACUAGUGGCAUUGUUCCAGCCCUAUUGGAGUGUCUUUCCAUGUCUUGCUGUGAUUGUUGGGGAAACAAAGUAAUCGCACUUUUCAAAUAUUACCUUUAA